CCAGAGCUUCUCCGAGUACGGGGUCAGGAUAGAGUUUUCUGUUAGCAAUAAUGAACAAGAACUAUACCCAGAAACAUCAUGCAGGCUACCACUAUAUGUAUUGCGAUAUAUGCGGUUAAUUGGGAAUAAAGACUGCGAUACCACAAGAUAGUCCAUUGGUGUGAACCACCAGAUAAAAAGGAGUAAUAAUUUAGAAUAAUAAAAUGAAAACGCGAUAAUCCUUCUUGGAGAAGAUAUUGAGAAUCGGAAAAAGAAAAGACAGAAAGUCACCACCUUUUUUAUUUCUUUAGUUGUUUCUGCAAAGCGCAACAAAAGUGGAAACUGCAUUCGGAAGCAGCGCAUGGAUUUCUCUAAUAUACUGAAAAGAAUGGAAGUAGAAACUCGGUAAUAUACUGGAUUUCGGGCACAAUGGAUGGAAUCUGACUCCUUUAAAUACUGACAGGACUGUCGCAACAGAACUUUAACCUAAAGCAAGAUUUUUCCUGGAAGUAAACCCCGCACUCUUUAUUCAUUCCUGUUUAAUUUAGAAUUUCCAGCCUGGUUUUGCCACAAGAAAUGAAAAUGCAAUGACUGAAUACGAUUUUGGCACUUCUAAGGCAACAAUAACAGGGGGUGAAUGAUGGCCGAGGAUGGAGGACAUCAGCCUGAAGACCAAGGGGUUAGGGAGACUGAGAGUAGGUCUUCUAUCCCCAGAACUUUCAUCCGGCUCAACGAUCUCUCCGGUGGCGGGGAGCGCAGCGAAGCUGAUAGCGGAGCGGGGGUUAAAGACCAAGCCACGGCGGAGGAAACGUCGGGGAGCAGCGGAGAAGCGCUGCCGUACCCGUCUCUGGCACCCGUUGUGUUUUUCUGCCUCAAACAAACAACCCGACCACGGAGUUGGUGUCUGAAAAUGGUUUGCAACCCCUGGUUUGAGAGAGCCAGCAUGCUGGUGAUCCUCCUCAACUGUGUCACACUGGGAAUGUUCCAACCAUGUGAGGACAGCGACUGCGUCUCUGAACGCUGCACAAUAUUACAGGACUUUGAUGACUUCAUCUUUGCUUUCUUUGCUGUGGAAAUGGUGAUCAAAAUGGUAGCUCUGGGGAUCUUUGGGAAGAAGUGUUACCUUGGCGACACAUGGAAUAGACUGGAUUUCUUCAUCGUGCUGGCAGGGAUGCUGGAGUACUCUCUCAACCUGCAGAAUGUCAGUUUUUCAGCUGUGCGUACCGUCAGAGUCCUGCGGCCCCUGAGAGCCAUCAACCGCGUCCCUAGUAUGCGGAUCCUGGUAACACUACUCUUGGACACCCUCCCCAUGCUGGGCAACGUUCUGCUUCUCUGCUUCUUUGUCUUCUUCAUCUUUGGCAUUGUGGGUGUCCAGCUAUGGGCAGGGCUGCUCCGCAACCGCUGCUUCCUGCCUGAGAAUUUCACAGUGCCACGCUCCCUCGAGCUGAACUCCUACUACCACACAGAAAACGACGACGAGAAUCCUUUCAUCUGCUCACAGCCACGGGAGAAUGGGAUGCGCUACUGUCGGCACAUUCCCACACUACGAGAGAAUGGCUUGGAGUGUCACCAGGACUACACUGCCUACAACAGCACUGACAACACCACCUGCGUGAACUGGAACCAAUACUACGUGAACUGCUCAGCGGGGGACGUCAACCCCUUCAAGGGAGCAAUCAACUUUGACAACAUCGGCUUUGCCUGGAUAGCCAUCUUCCAGGUGAUCACUCUGGAAGGCUGGGUGGAUAUCAUGUAUUUUGUAAUGGAUGCCCAUUCUUUCUACAAUUUCAUUUACUUCAUCCUUCUCAUAAUAGUUGGGUCCUUCUUCAUGAUCAACCUGUGCCUGGUGGUCAUUGCCACACAGUUCUCCGAAACCAAGCAACGUGAGAGCCAACUCAUGAAAGAGCAGCGCGUACGCUUCAUGUCCAAUGCCAGCACUCUGGCCAGCUUCUCUGAGCCAGGUAGUUGCUAUGACGAGCUGCUCAAGUAUCUGGUUCAUGUAGUGCGGAAGGCUAGCCGGCAGCUGGGUCAUGUAUACAGAACUGUGGCUGCCAAGACUGGGCUACGGCUGUGUGCAAGGACAGGGGAAGAGCAGCCUGCCCACAAGAGGAGGCGGAGAAAACACCGCCGGGCGUCUGUCCACCAUCUGGUCCAUCACCACCACCACCAUCAUCACCACUAUCAUGUGGGCAAUGGCAGCCUAAGGACAUCACGCCCCAGCCAUGAACUGGGCGAUGGGGAGAUGGGCUCCUUCCACAAUGGCACAGGUCGCUUCAUGCUCCCACCCCCAUCCACAGCUAAUCUACACCUACCCUCAACCCAACCACCCACGUCAGGCAACACAGAGUCUGUUCACAGUGUUUACCAUGCCGACUGCCACUUUGAGCCCAUCCACUGCACCCCAAGUCCCAGCCUCCAGUGCAUCAAGAGGAAUUCUGUGCCCUCUGCCUCUAUGCCCAAAAAUUAUCCAACUGUGCACCCCUCCACUCCUCAGGAGCUCCAGAAAGAGAAGACCUUGGGAGACUCAUCUAGCAGUGGCUGCAGUGGUGGAAUGCUGACCAAUCUGAAUAUUCCACCCAGGCCUUUUGGCACCAUGAAUCGUUUACUGGAAACACAGAGUGCUGGCCCCUGUAAAGGCUCCUGUAAACUAAAUAGCAACUGCACCAACCUGGACAACCUAACCUUUGAUCCUGAGAGCUGUCCAUAUUGCAUCAAAUCAAUAAAUAACGAGUCUGAGGGUACUGAUAAUGAGACCCUGGAUUCAGACAGUGAGGGUGUCUAUGAAUUUACCCAAGAUGCCCAGUAUCGGGACCAUCGGGAGCCCAAAAGGCGAGGCUCCAAGGUGGGUGCACAGGCAGGACAUGUGCUGCAGUUCUGGAGGCUGGUGUGUGAGACUUUUCGCAAAAUUGUGGACAGCAAGUACUUCGGCAGGGGGAUCAUGUUCGCCAUUCUCAUCAACACGCUGAGUAUGGGUAUCGAGUUCCACGAGCAGCCGGAUGAAUUGACCAAUGCUUUGGAGAUCAGCAACAUUGUCUUCACUAGUCUUUUUGCUCUUGAGAUGCUCCUCAAAGUACUUGUCUACGGACCCUUUGGUUACAUUAAGAACCCCUACAACAUCUUUGAUGGCAUUAUUGUGGUCAUCAGUGUGUGGGAGAUUGUUGGCCAGCAGGGAGGCGGUCUGUCUGUGCUGAGGACCUUCCGGCUCAUGAGGGUUCUGAAGCUGGUGCGUUUCAUGCCAGCCCUGCAGAGGCAGCUUGUGGUCCUGAUGAAGACCAUGGACAACGUUGCCACGUUCUGCAUGCUGCUCAUGCUUUUCAUCUUCAUCUUCAGUAUUCUGGGAAUGCACCUGUUUGGCUGUAAAUUUGGUUCAGAGAAAGAUGGCGACACCCUUCCAGACCGCAAGAACUUUGACUCUCUUCUUUGGGCUAUAGUCACUGUGUUCCAGAUCCUCACUCAGGAGGACUGGAACAAGGUGCUGUACAAUGGAAUGGCUUCUACUUCUCCCUGGGCUGCCCUUUACUUCAUCGCUCUCAUGACCUUUGGGAACUACGUUCUGUUCAACUUGCUGGUGGCCAUUUUGGUGGAGGGAUUCCAAACUGAGGAAAUUACCAAGAAGGAAGAUAUGCAUGGGCAGUUAAGCUGUAUUCAGCUGCCUGUCGACUUGGGGGGAGAUGCCUCCAAGUCUGACUCUGAGACAGACUUCUACUCCCACAGCAUGGAAGAUGUACGCAAAAGCAAGAAGGAGGUUUCCACCUCAGCUGUAGUGCCCAUUAAUGGUCACGUGGAGAUGAAGAACAGUCUGACACCCCCUCUGAUCACCCACACAGCUGCCACUCCCAUGCCUGUGCCCAAGAGCUCUGGGUUUGGAGACCCAGCUCUAGGGCAUGAGUCUCGCCGUGGCAGCAGCUCUUCCAUGGACCCCAACUGCUAUGACAUCAAGUCGCCGUCCAGCGCGCGAAGCUCCCCUUACGCUCCCUGGAGCACAGCCAGCAGCUGGAACAGCCGACGUUCAAGCUGGAACAGCCUUGGCCGGGCGCCCAGCCUGAAGAAGCAGAAGAGGCAGUCCGGGGAGCGCCGCUCACUUCUCUCAGGGGAUGGGCAGUCCAGCUCCGAGGAAGAUGAGGGCUCAGAGUGUGAUGGGGGCUCUGCCAGCAGCUCCCUACAACGUCACCGCAUGGAGUCCUUGGAGACCAAGAGCUCCUUCGAACUACCGCCUGACACUCUGCAGGUGCCACACUACCUCUGCCGCUCAGCUAGUUUGCAUAGCACCCGCCCCCCACUCCCUGAGCGCCAGGACUGCAAUGGCAAGACCUCCCCCACAGCCACAGUGCCCCAGUUCUCCCUGGAUGAUGCCCAGAGUGAAGAUGACAAUGGCGAAGAUGAAGUCAACAUGGGCCGCCUAGCUAGAAUUAAAAGGUGGUGUGAAAAACAUCAGCCAGAAUGCUGUCGACACAGAAACAGCUGGUCUCUUUAUCUGUUUCCACCACAGUCCAAGUUUCGGAUGACGUGCCAUAAGAUUAUCACACACAAGAUGUUUGAUCACAUCGUCUUGGUAAUCAUCUUCCUGAAUUGCAUCACCAUCGCCAUGGAGAGGCCCAAGAUCGACCCCCAUAGUGCGGAGCGGAUAUUCCUGACGCUGUCCAACUACAUUUUCACUGUGAUCUUCCUAGCGGAGAUGACCGUAAAGGUCGUGGCUCUGGGCUGGUGCUUUGGGGAGAAGACUUAUCUGAAGAGCAGCUGGAAUAUCUUGGAUGGACUGCUAGUUCUCAUCUCUGUCAUUGACAUACUGGUCUCCAUGAUCUCCAACAGCGGCACCAAAAUCCUGGGCAUGUUGAGGGUCCUGAGGCUCCUCCGAACACUGCGCCCACUGAGGGUGAUCAGUCGUGCCCCAGGCCUCAAGCUGGUGGUCGAAACUUUGAUGUCCUCUCUGAAGCCCAUCGGUAACAUAGUGGUCAUCUGCUGUGCCUUCUUCAUCAUCUUUGGGAUCCUUGGAGUGCAGCUCUUCAAAGGGAAGUUCUUUGUCUGCCAAGGAGAGGACACCAGGAACAUCACUAACAAAUCUGACUGCCUUCAGGCUAAUUUCAAGUGGGUCCGACAUAAGUACAACUUUGACAACCUGGGCCAGGCACUGAUGUCUCUCUUUGUGCUGGCCUCCAAAGAUGGAUGGGUGGACAUCAUGUAUGAUGGACUGGAUGCUGUGGGAGUUGACCAACAACCCAUAAUGAACCACAACCCCUGGAUGCUGCUCUACUUCAUCUCCUUCCUGCUCAUCGUGGCCUUCUUUGUCCUCAACAUGUUCGUGGGCGUGGUGGUGGAGAACUUCCACAAGUGCCGUCAGCACCAGGAGGCGGAAGAGGCCAAGCGUCGCGAGGAGAAGCGAAUGAAAAGGAUGGAGAAAAAGAGACGGAAUGUAAUGCUGACUGAUGUUAAUUGGGAGAGCUCAGGAUGUGCAGUCACAGAAGCGCAGUGUAAGCCCUACUAUUCUGAUUACUCCCCUACACGCCUGCUUAUCCACAAGAUGUGUACCAGUCACUACCUGGAUCUCUUCAUAACCAUUGUGAUAGGCCUCAACGUCAUCACCAUGGCGAUGGAACACUAUCAGCAAUCCAAGGUGCUAGAUGAAGCUCUGAAAAUCUGUAACUAUAUCUUCACUAUAAUCUUCGUCCUGGAGUCUGUUUUUAAGCUGGUAGCCUUUGGCUUCCGGCGUUUUUUUAAGGACAGAUGGAACCAGCUAGACCUGGCCAUUGUCCUACUGUCCAUCAUGGGGAUCACCCUGGAGGAGAUUGAGGUCAACGCCUCUCUACCCAUCAACCCCACGAUCAUCCGCAUCAUGAGGGUCCUGCGAAUUGCUAGAGUGUUGAAGCUACUCAAGAUGGCAGUGGGAAUGCGGGCACUGCUGGACACCGUGAUACAGGCCCUGCCUCAAGUGGGGAACCUGGGUCUUCUCUUCAUGCUGCUGUUUUUCAUCUUUGCUGCUCUGGGAGUCGAGUUGUUUGGAGACCUGGAGUGCAACGAAGACCACCCCUGUGAGGGGUUGGGAAGACAUGCCACCUUCAGGAAUUUUGGGAUGGCUUUCCUCACUCUCUUCCGUGUGUCCACAGGAGACAACUGGAAUGGCAUCAUGAAAGACACUCUGCGGGACUGCAGCCAGGACAGCGGCACCUGCUACAACACCGUGGUGUCGCCCAUCUACUUUGUGUCCUUCGUGCUGACGGCGCAAUUUGUCCUGGUAAACGUGGUGAUCGCCGUCCUCAUGAAGCACCUGGAGGAGAGCAACAAGGAGGCCAAGGAGGAGGCGGAGAUGGAGGCGGAGCUGGAACUUGAGAUGCAGAACAUCGGUGGCCCCGCCCUCCUGGGGGAGGGCCUUCCUUGGGUGGCUGGGGAAAUCAGAGACAGACCUGACAGCCCAGGAGGAGGGGCCUGUGAUCCAGGUCAGGUCAAAGUGGACUCGCCUCUCUCCCUUGAACCCCCCAUGCGGUGGGCUUUGUUUGACACAGUCUCCCUGCUGAUCCAGGGGUCCCUGGAAGGAGAGCUCAGCCUCAUGGACAACCUCUCAGGAUCCAUCUACCACCACUAUGCCCUACCACCGCUGCCCAGCAAGUGUACCGGCGAGAAACAGAUCCCUCUAGCUGAGAUGGAGGCUCUGUCUCUGACAUCGGAGAAAUCCUGGUCCUUAGCUCUGACGGACGACUCUAUGCCUGAUGAUAUUAACACUCUCUUACUAACCAGCCGGGAUGGCAAUACCCAGCUCUUGGAGACACAGAGGGAGCCCAGUGUUCAGCUAGCUGAGAACCUGCUGUGUGUGAGGAAGCCUGCAGUAGGCCGGACACACUCCCUGCCCAAUGACAGCUACAUGUUCCUGCCUCAGCACUCUGGGGACUCCUCUUCCCCCCAGAAAGUAUCGCCUCAGAAGGGCCAGUCAGGCUCCAUCACCUCUGUGCAGUCACAACCUGUUGAAAGUAGUGCCUGUCACCUAGCUGUACCGACAGACCUCUUCCGUCCCAUCAGCCCCCAUACUCACUCCAUCACCAAGAGCAUCCCCCGUAUUCCGCCUCCACACCGCUCACAGACCGCCAGCCGCACCCUGCGCAGACAGCUGAGUCUUGUACAUCACAAGCCAGAUCACCACAUUCUCCUCCGACACAGAUACUCCUGCUAUUAACUCCCCUUUUUCUCCCUUCUCCUGCUCCUCCCUUUCGUUACUGAAGGCACUUCACAUAAGACUCUAGAGGGGGAAAAAGAGGACUUUCAGUGACUAAGCCAAGUCAUUGAAUUACAUUGAUUAAAACCUGAUUUCACUUUGUUAUAGGGCUACACAACCUAUUUAACAUUGCAGUACUUCAGACUUUUAAAGUUUUGCAGUUUUUUCAAACAAGUGACACACAGCUGCUUAAGGGAGUAAGCACAGCUGUAAGUCAUAGUCCAGUAAUAUUCAUAGUAAGAAUAGUGAACACCUAGAAGGAAGAGCUUCGGUGUUACUGAUAGCAAUCAGAGCUAUGCUGUCUUGUAAACUGACAAAUUUAUCAACUUUUUCAGGAGCUGUUGUUUUAAAGAAUCCUAUAGAAUCUGCUCUUUUCUGAAAACCCCAGUGUGCUCUUGGUAUUUUUAUUGACAUGUGAUUAUUGAUUAUUUCAUAGAUUAUUUAAUAAAAAAUGAAGGUGUCAUGACCUCAAUGUAAAAGAUACAAAGAAAUAUAAAACAAGAUUGUUAGUCCAGAGCUACAGUAUAACUCAGACACUUAACUUCCCUUAGAAUUCAUUUUACAAAAUAGCACACAGACGUCAGUGGAUUAUGAUAAGCACAAUAUGUUGCAAAAUGUGUCGCUGUGCCACUAUUUAGAUUUGUUCAAAAUUAAGUAGCAUUUGAUUGAGAUCAUUUAACUAUAAAGACUUUUAUCACAUACUUGUACUGUAUGCACAAAAUAACUUGCAGACGAUGUCCAGUUUAUAACUUUUACUAAUGUUCUGAUGCUCUUUUUUAACCAACAGACUUCCAUUGAAAUUUCUGUUUGGUACAGAACCUAUCACUGCUGUUGAGAGUAUAGAUUAUUUUUAUGUAACAGCUCUGAGGGACAGUUUCAAAAUUAGAGCAAGAUCAAUUUAUUAUCUUUCUUGCAGAACAUUACCGUCACUAUUAUUAACUCCUUGGCUCUCAGAAGCUCAGAAGGCAUUAAUGAAUAUUUACUGUAUCGUUAUGACAUUACACUUAGCAUAUUCCUGUCAGCUUCAAACACAAGUAACAUCUUUAGUUUCAAUUACACUAUAAACACACUCCUGGCAUUUCUGUCAGAACUUGCCUUGUUGUUUCCCAUGGUCCACCUCACUCUUGAAAAUUCGACCCCCUGUUUUAGAGAGUCAGAUUUCUUUCUCACCUCACAAUAGCCACUGAUUGCAGUUGCCAAGCCAAAUCUUUGAGUGAAGAACAGGUGCUGUUUGAGGGACCAGAAUGUUAAGAUCCCAUAUUUUCCAGUUUAUUCUGCCCUUUCUUUUGAAUACAUAUCGUUGUAUACCGAGGGAAAAUUAACACAUGAGAUAAAAUGCAAAGUGAAAUUAAAACUUGUUAAAUACAGUAGGAUGUUUCUAACCAGAUUUUAACAAGUCACAGGAGCUUUUACAAGUUUUUUGGACCUCCUGACUUAUCAUUCUAUUUGUUCGUGGCCUUGGAUUUUUGAAUACACACAGCCCAAAACCAUACAUUUUUACUGAUUGUAAACUCUCAGUUUCUAUGACAUAUUAAAACUGGAGGUCUAAAUGUGAAAGUGAUAAAGCUUUGGCAGAAUGUUUGAGAUACUAUGUACAAAUUUAUAAAUAAGAUUUGUAUGCAAUUUUUUAUAUAUUUUUUAACAUCAUGUGUAGGUCCUGGGGCCCUCUCAUGGGGCCCUCUAAGGAAAUCUCUUCCUAUGUAGCUCAGAAGUUAGGAAGCCAUUACAAUCUAAAUACUGAGGCCACCAUUUAAAACAAAAAGGUGCCGAAUUUCUGCAGUUCCAAGUCCAACAAGAAAGACCUUAAAUAUUGAGAAAUAAACACAAAAAACACUGGAGACAACAUAAAGUCACAAUAUCCUCUCACCUCUUCCACAGAACGUCCUACCUAGAGUUUGAGCCAGCCUAUCAUUGCCGAAACUGCUCCCCAUUAUUUGAGACAAUUCAGAAAAAUCCAGUGUGUACUGUAAUAGUCAAAAGAAGGUCCAAAUACAUUUACAUAUACUACACUAACAAAUUAAAAAUCACACAUGUAUAAAUAUACAUUACUGCUCAUUUUUUUACAGAUUUUUCUCCUUAGCAGGAAGCCAACAGUACACAUUUGUUUUAAUUGGAUGGAAUAUAGUGUCCCCAAUGGUAAGAAUAGGAAGGGGAGACCAGCUCCCCUCCAAACAUUUUAAUGACACCAGCCUUCCCCACUCAACACCUUUUAGGACCCAAAGUACAAAGGAAAAGUCUUCACUCCCUACAUCUGUCUUUGAUGAAAACCUAGCAAGUCUUGUUGUCUAGUCAGUAUCUCACACUUGUCUCAAGUUUCUGGUGUCCACCCUCUGUCCCUGUAAAAGCCAAUAUUAUUGUGGAAGGAUAACUAAAAAUUAAGUGAUCUGUCCAGUUAAGUAUCAGUGAAAAAAUCUGCUAACAGACUAUUGAUAAAAGUAUAUACUUAGUUAAAUCUUUUUAUUUUAAACUACAAACAUAAAAUCCUUGUUUGAGUCUCUGCAGAUUUUAUGUUUCACUGUUACUGGUAAAUAUUAUUUUUUUGCUUUUAUUUCAUUUUUUACUUAUUAGGUUAUCAUUUAAACUUUUAAUUAUUUUACAGUAUGUUGUAAAAAAAUUGUCAUCAUCACCAAAUAUCAGGCUUCCUGUUAAAGUAAUAAAAUUACUAGCCUAGUUUUUAACAUACCUACAAACAGUUCUAAAAUCAAAUAAGCAAUGAUUAUGAAGGGAUCAUUUAAUAAAAUCUAGAACAAUGCUUAUUAAAAAACAUUCCACAAUUCAGAGCCUAUUCUCUGGACCAAACAGCUCUAUGACUGACAGUUUGUUUUUCUAGCUAUAAGGUAUAUCAUGGCUGAUGUAGCACAUAAAACCAGUUGUUGACAGACUACCAUAACCAUGUCAAAUACAGAACAGGUUCAGUCUUUAUACAUCAUUCACAUCACAGUAUUCUGUUUACUUGUGUUCUUUUCAUAUUUGCAUUUUUCUUUCCAUUUGCUGGCUCCCUCCAUGUAGUAUAUGCACUCUUAGGUGGUAUGUACAGUACUGUAGCUGUGCAAUCAGAUGCUAUUGCAAUGGAGCUCAGUUCUGGGGGAAUCUCAUGAGUUUUUUGCUGCCUUAAUACUUAAUAAUGUUUAGCUUACAUUCCCUUUUAUUUCUCCGUUAGAUGUAUUUGCCCAUACAAUAUUAACUAGGAUUAACAGGGAAAACUAAAAAGAAGGAAAAUAUUUUGCUUCUGAAGAAGUAGGGUACCUUUGACUUUGGACUGAUCAUUGAAAAUCUUUCAUUGAGACUGUUUGCAGAUUCUUCUGCCAUCACUCCAAAAACAAGGGGUUGUUUAAAAUCAAAUUGAGUUUUGGGGAGAGUUCAUGUGAAUAAGAAAAAAAACACAUCUAAAUUGUUUGAGCUGUGACCAGUAGUGUUUUUAAAAUGUCCUUUUUUUUGCAGGAAUCAAUAAAUUUAGACACUAUAAUGAUGGACAUUUCAGUUUAAUACUGUAGAAUUAUAUUCACGAAUUACCAAUGUUGGGUUCAUAUGAAUUUUCUUAUCAUAGGACAGUUAUUAAACCCCAAUCAUGAUUAAUUAAAGAAACAGCAUUUUACAGCAUUUUCUCUGGAUAGAGGAACGCAAUAUUUUGGUUUGAUUAAACCAUUAAUAAUCCUUCUGAAGUUUUGUUUUCAGUGUAACUGCAGAAUUAACAAUGCGUGCGCAUUAACCACAGAUGACUAGAAUAUCAUGGUCCAUGCAGCAAAUGGAGCAAAAUAAUAAUGUAACUGAACUGUACAGCUACAGAGCUGUCACUGUUAGCAUUCCCAUCACCAUUCUGUCCUCAGAC